AUGACUGCCUACGGCGAGAUCCAGACAACGCCAUUCGGAAAAUGGGAUAGUCUCAUUACAGACGACAUGAUCAUUUCUAAAAGUAUCGUAUUUACUGAGAUCUACGCUGCUAUGGUAUAUUUUACGUGGUUGAAGCCCGCCCAGCUGAUGCUGGACGGUGCUGUAUUGUUCAAUGGAUCGACGGGCAGGCUAGAGAUGUGCUACCUCCAGGUUACAGCGCGCGAACGGCAGUUCAUGGGUAUGGUGGAGGCGCAAUCUGCCCUCUAG